CGCAUGGUGACUUUACUCGACCGAAACACUCGAGGUCCUUUUACUUUCACGUGCCUGCCGUCGUGAAUUCACCAUGCCGAAGUCAAAGAGAGACAAGAAAAUUUCUUUAACAAAAACAGCCAAGAAGGGACUUGGGUCUAAACAGAAACUAAUAGAAGAGUUACGGAAAUGUGUGGACACCUACAAAUACUUGUUUAUCUUCUCUGUGGCCAACAUGAGGAAUAACAAGCUGAAAGACCUCAGGGCGGCAUGGAAACACAGCAGGUUUUUCUUUGGCAAAAAUAAAGUCAUGAUGGUAGCCAUUGGUAAAGGAGAAACCGACGAAUACAAGGACAAUUUGUGCAAGGUCAGCAAGUAUCUUCGAGGAGAAGUGGGAGUAUUAUUCACAAAUAAAACCAAGCCAGAGGUGCAAGAGUAUUUCAGUCAUUUCAAAGAUUCAGACUAUGCACGUGCAGGAAACCCGGCUCAGAUGGAGGUAACCUUCGAAGAGGGCCCUUUGGAACACUUUCCUCACUCGAUGGAGCCUCAGUUGAGGCAACUGGGCCUCCCCACUGCUCUCAAGAAGGGUGUGGUGACGCUGCUGAAAGCCCACACCGUCUGCAAAUAUGAAGAUGUCCUCACCCCGGAGCAGGCUCGCGUUCUAAAACUGUUUGGCAUCGCGAUGGCAGAGUUCAAGGUGCAGAUCAAGUGCAUGUGGAGCUCCGAAACAUGCGAGUUUGAAAACUUGGCAGGCAACGAAGCCCCCAUGCAGGACGAUGAAGACGACAAGGAGGACAAGGAUGAUGAGGAGGAUGCAGAGUGAAACCCAGGCUUGUGGAAUUCGUUUUUUUUUUUUUUUUUUACCAAAUCCGCAUCAUGAACUCCUGUCCUUCACGUUGACGUCACUGUACUAAAAUACUGA